AAAUCUUUUGACAACAUGUGGACGCAUCUUUUUACCCCGUCACUGGUAAUGCUAGUACUCCUCGACAAGGCGACAGCGCAAAUACAGAUACCACCCUCGAACGGAAGCUACAGCAUCCUCUACUCAACGGCAAAGCUCACAGACAAGACCAGAAUCGAUCCUUUCGAUCCUAAUCAUGGAAACCGCUCAAUAAUGGUAUCUCUAAGCUAUCCCAUUCCAAAAGACGCAUGUACCCAACACUGCUCAAUCCCCUAUAUGCCGGCAUCAACCGCAUCCUUCUUCGAUCAACUUUUCGGCAUGCCAAACGGCACAGCAAGCUCAUUCCUCCUCGAAACCUGCUGCGAGACCAACCAAGACUACACCCCCAAUCCACAAGAAACCCCCUUCGUCAUCUUCUCCCCCGGCCUCCAAUCCUCCCGCCUAGCCCACAACGCGCAAAUCCAAACCCUCGCGGCAUCAGGCUACGCAGUCCUCAGCAUCGACCACCCCUGGGACGCCGCCGUCCUCGAAUUCCCAAACGAACCACCGAUCGUAGGCACGCUGAUCAACGACAUCGCCGACAACAGCACCGGCACCCCGAUCCUCAAUUGGGACGUCCUCGCCUCGGGCGUGCAGAUCCGCGCAGCGGACGUCGAGUUCGCGCUCGACGAGUUCAACAAGCUGUCUACCGUUCAACUCCUCCUACCUGAUGCGACAUCGUCAUUCAACACUACCCGCACCGCCAUCUUCGGGCACUCGUAUGGCGGCGCGACAUCAAUGCUAUCUUUGACGCAGGACUCGCGUUUAAUCGGGGCGCUUAAUAUGGAUGGUGCCUUGUACGGCAUGAAUGAUAGCCGUCCUACCAGUAGCCCGGCUGUUUUCCUCGGUACCAGCAGCCACAACCAUACGAGUACCGACGAAGUUACGUGGUCGGAUGUGUGGUCGAGAUUGAACGGGUAUAAGCGUGAGUUCUCGCUCCAGAAGGCAGCGCAUAGUUUUUAUAUGGAUUUUCCGUUGCUUUUUGAGCUUGCAGGGUUUGUGCCGGUGCCGGCGGUGGCGGCUCAAUUUGGCGAGUUGGGUGUGGAGAGGGGGAAGUAUGGCUUUGGCGUUGUGAUGGAGCUUGUAGAGGCAUUUGUGGAUUUUGUGUUCUGGGGGAAGGAAAGCGUGCUAUUGGAAGAUCCUGAGUCCGUGUUUCCUGAGGUGCUAAAGGUUGAGGAUUAAAGUGGGAGUGGUUCACGUAUUUGCUC